AUGGGUAAGUCAACAGUUACACCAGUUGAAGCAUAUGAACCUGUCACUUGCUGCAGUGUGAAUGAUUUUAUAACGGCAAAGCGUCAAUCUGUUCUGUUCAGUGAACGUUUUAAUGAAAUUGUUACAAAAAAACAAACUUCUCAACAAAGCCUGUCAUGUCUCUGUGAUUCAGACGAAAGCAGUGGUGUAAAUUUUAAGCUGAAAAGGCAAGUAACCCGAGCAAAACUGGUUCAUCGAAGCACAUUGGCUCUUUAUGAUAAGCACUUAAAUGCCUUUUAUGGAUGUAUGGAAUCACAUCUAUUUGACCGUGCCCUCAUAAUAAAUCUUGUUAAAAGAAAUGAGGUGAACGGUUUACCGUACGAAAAUAUCAGAUGUGAUUAUGUACCCUGUAUUGCUUAUAUUUAUCCAGAAAGAAAUAAUCAACAUAUGAAUGAAGGCCACAGUUCACGCAGUGAUUGUCCAGAUUUGUUUAUCCCAGAUUUCACGCGAGCUAAAGUCUUCAGGGAAAGUGAUCGCUGGCCAGGCAACGAAGAAUUUACAUUGACUCUUACAGAUGAAUCAGGAAAGAGGUUAGAUUUUAUUGCAAAUAUUAUUUGA